CACUCCCUUGUUUAGAGCGAGAAAACGCGUAUCUUCUUAUAAAAGUCAACUCGCGAUAUCGUGCGUGAUUUUAACUAUUUUGUUUAGAUAUAUUACAGAUUUAGGGAUUACAGAAUGUCAGGAAAAUCGCCUGCGAAAAUUGUUUUGGAGGAUGAUAAGAAAUUUAUGUUGAUGAAGUUUAGAAGAAGCGUAAUGGAUAUUGCUCAACCUAACCAUGACGACCAUUUCCUUCUUAGAUGGCUUAGAGCUCGAUCUUGGAAUCCCGAAGCGGCGGAAAAAAUGCUGAGAAAUUCUAUGAAAUGGAGGACCCAAUGGGAGGUAGAUGGAGCUCUAAAAACAUGGAAUCCUCCUGAAGCUGUAGCGCUCUACCAUCCAAGUGGUACCUGUGGUACCGAUAGAGAGGGAGCACCCGUAAUCGUUGUACCUUUCGCUGGUUUGGAUAUAAUAGGUCUUUUAAAUUCAGUUUCCCGGCAAGAUUUGGUAAGAACUACCAUACAAGUGCUGGAGUACAAUUUAGAAAUGGCGCAAGAAACUGGCGCUAGACAGGUAGUUGUUGUUUUUGAUAUGGAAGAUUUUAAUUUGAGGCAAUAUGCCUGGAGACCAGCUGCCGAGGUAGUUAUAUCCCUAAUUCAGAUGUAUGAAGCAAACUACCCAGAAAUUUUGAAAGCGUGUUACAUAGUAAACGCACCCAGAGUAUUUGCCAUAGCUUUCAACGUGGUCAAGAAGUUUUUAAACGAAUACACUCUAGGGAAAAUUAUGAUUUAUAAAAAUGAACCAAAGAAGUGGAAGAAAAUAUUGGUUGAAAAUAUAGGCGCCGAAAAUAUACCUAAACAUUUUGGUGGGGAAUUGUGUGAUCCUGAUGGAAAUCCAAAGUAUACCACAAAAGUUAAACAAGGUGGAAAAGUUCCAAAAUCCUAUUACACGAAAAAUUUACAAGCUCCUGAAACUACCCAUCAAAGGGAAUAUGUAACAGCAACUGUAAAAAAAGGCGAAAAGCUGGUUUUAGAUUUUAUAGUGGCCGAGGAAGGAUGCUUUUUAAGGUGGGACUUUAAGAGCGAAGGGCACGACAUUAGGUUCGGAGUGACACUGAAAGAUGCCGAUGGAAAUGUGAGCCCCGCAAUCCACCAUCGCAGAGUAGCGGCGCACCAAAUGGCAGAAAACGGUGUCUUAGCGUGCCAGGCACCUGCCACCUAUACCGUCACUUUUGAUAACUCAUACAGCCUUCUAAGAAGCAAAAAACUCACAUACUCUGUGUAUGUAACUGAACCAAUCAGCACCCUCAACAUAAUACCACCUGAGGACGCCAAAAUUGAAGAUCUCAUUGCAGACAAAGAGGAAGAUAAAUCUCAAAAAACGCAUUCCAAUAUUAUAGAAGCUGUACAUUAAAAGUAUUAAAUUUGUAUAAUUUGUUGGCUAUAUUUAUUUUACCCAAUUGACCAAUGUUUUUUGCGUGCAUUGUUUUGUUCUAGGGAAUUGGUAAAAUGAAUGUAGUUUGUACUAAAUGUGUAUAUUUUUAUAGGUGAUUUUUUAAAUAAAAUAAAAUUUUGUUUUGAAUUUUUAUUCAAGUAUAAUCCUACUAAUACCUAAUGUAAGUUUGUUUUUUAUAUUUAUUUCUUUUACAAUGCCGCGGGUAUGAAUAUAAAAAUAUGACUAUAUUAUUAGAAAAUUAUUAUUAUAUUAAUAUAAAAAAUGUGGAAUAAUUAAGUUUUAUAAACUAAUCAUCUUCAUCAGUGAAAAGCAUUUCUACUAGUUCUGGGUUUUCACAUUGAUCCCCAAUUAAUCUUUGGUGUCCUUCCCAUCUUAUUAUACUUGGCAAAACCAUUACUUUUGUUCUUUUAUCCGUUCUAAAGGAAGACUUUGGAUCUUUCCAACUAAAAAAAAUAAAAAAAUUGUUUAUUUUAAUACAUUUAUUUGUAAUACUUACGUAGGUCUAUCUCCAACUUCCACAUAAAUGAAGUAUGAUUCAUUGCUUUCUUCUUUCUCUGCUGAUUCUUCAGUUGUUUUACUUUCUUGUUCUUUUGUUUCCAUGGCUACCUCUGGUUUCCCAUCUUGUUCUUUUUUUUUCUUCAAUUUACUUUCUGGUUCUUUUGUUUCCUUUGGUUUACUUUCAUGUUCUUUUGUUUUCUUGGCUUCCUUUGGCUUAUUUUCUUGUUCUUUUGUUUUCUUGGCUUCCUUUGGCUUCUCUUCUUUUGUUUCCAGCACCUGUUCUUCUAUUUUCUUGGUUUCACUUUCUUCAUGUUCUUGGCUGGGUCCUUCGAGUUUUUUCAAGACUCCCUCAAUAACAGGCCACGCUAGAAAAAAAUCGUUGUACUGUCAAAACUUGGAUUUUAGUGAAACAAACCACCUCUGAUGCAGUCGUCGCACCAACUUUCCCCGUUUUCCAGUUUCGAUCCGGAAAAAUAAACGUGCACGGUUUUUCCUUUGCUCUCAAAUUUUUCGAAAAAUUUACAAAAAUCGUCGUAUCCGUUGAUGUGCUCGCGAUGUAAACCCAUUUCGGAGAAUUUAACCCAACCCAACUUUUUUGACAAUCAGCUGAUUUUACAG